CUACCGCUUCAGUUGUGUUCCGACGCGCUUCAAGCCAACACUACGAACACUAUUUCGAUCCAAGCGUCGUGUCGUGUGCUCCUCUCGUCCAACGGCACCGCCAGAGCCAGACGACCGCCAGGGAAUAAGCAGAGUCCUACCGGUUCCACGCAACCAUUCGAUCGUCGACGAGACACUGGAUCGCCGGGUUUUGCUCUGCUUCAUCUAAUCGAUCCUCUAGGCAUCGAAAAAGUACGAGGAAAAUAGGAGUUUCUAUGGGAAAUGUAACCUGUGCCGCGAGUUUAAUCACGUCCGAUACAGUUUGACGUUGUUUGACCAUAUUUGAUGUCGUUUGAUGUCGUUUGACGUAGUUUGACAUUGACGUCAAACGUAUACAAAGAUUACAUGGAGAUUGUGCGAGGAAGAUUUACGAUAGGAAGGAUAAUUCGAGGAUAAGUGCGGUUAAGAAGAUAUAUAUAUAUAUAAUAAUAUAUAAGUAAUAGAAGAAGAGAGAUUCGGAGGGAUCGAUUUCUAAGGAGCUGAUUGGUGAAGUUGGAAAGUGUCGGAGGUAGAAAGUUCGUUCCGUGGGAGGAAUCGUGUGGUGCAGGGGAACCGAGGGCGUCUGUCAGACUCGCGGACCUGUCAAGUCGAGGAUUGGCUGACGUGAUCGUCCAGAUUGUUAAUAGUCGGUGACGGCUCGUGGAACGUAGGGGCUCCUCGUCGUUCCUCGAAGAUUCUCGUGUAAACCUACGGUUCAAACGAUCCUCUUAAAUUCCAUUUACAGAUUCUUUGGAUUACUCGAAUUAUACUCGUGUAUAUUCACUUUGGAUUAUCAUUUGAACUGGGCUGUUCCCGUGAAAAUGGUUUCACGAGGUAAUUCGUAAUUGGCGAUUCGGUAAAUCACAGGAUCCAAAGAAAUUGUUGUGGUGUGGGGCGACCGGUUUGUUUCUCCGUGAGACGAUCGGCCGAUGAUCGGUUGCAGCCGGAUAAACGACGAGAUAAUUCUUCGGCGGUGAAGUGAAACGAUUCGAUCGGAAGGUGCGAAGGAAGGAGAUGGUAUAAGGGACGAUAACGACAAGGUGGCACGGGCUGUAAUCAAAUGCAGGUUUAUUUAGAACGGACGCUUUGAUAAAGUGGUUAGUGCGAAAGCGUGGAUCGAGCCAAUCAUACCUGAUUGCCCGGACGUGAGUUGUGCGAACAGAAAGAGAAAGAGGAGGAGAGACGUAGAAAAGGCGAGGAUAUAAGACGUGAGUGGAGUCGAGGGAGGAGGGACGCGAUCUCCAGAGGAGAGUCUCGGAGAAUUGCGCACGGACACGUUCCAGAUGAAGAUGUCCGAUGCUGCGCCACGUGAUUCGUAGAUCGACCCUCGAUUUCUCGAUUCGAUAGACUUCCCUGAUUGGGACCGAUUACCGAGAGUGAAGGAAAACAGCUUCUGGUUCUUUAACGUUCGUUUUCGUUCCUAUACCAUUGAUGGAGUUGAAGAUGUGAAGAUCGCCCAUUGGGGGAAAUAGGAUUGUCCAGCAGCACGACGGCGAUCGGCAGUGCAGCCACCGGUGGCGGUGGCGGAGCAAGCAGCGGUGCUAGUGGCGGCGGUGGCGGUGGCAGUGGGGGCGGAGGUGGCGGGGCAGCCGGCAACGGGACUUCCGGCGGUGAUUUCCUCCGCAGAAGUCACCCCCUCUCGGAGCAUACGGCCCUGCAUCCCGCCUACCGGCUCAACUACAUGGACCACCUUUACCACCAGCUCCAGGCCUCCACGCACAGUCCCAACGCCUCGUUACACGGACUGGGUGGUUUGGGGCCCGAGUACCUUUUGCACGCCGCAGGACCAGCGAGCACCCUCGCUUCUUCAGAAUUCCCUUUCUCCAUCGACGUGUCAGCCUCGUCGAGGUUAGGAAGCCCAAGGGCGUCCGCGAUCAGAGCGAGCCGGAAGCGGGCGUUGAGCAGUUCCCCGUACUCGGAUCGUUUCGACAUCGACAGCAUGAUCCGAUUCAGCCCGAACAGCUUGGCCUCCAUUGUGAACGGAUCCCGGAGCAGCAGCGCGAGCGGCAGCUACGGUCAUCUUUCCGCUGCAAUGAGCCCAGCUUUGGGAAUGCACCCAGGAAUGGCGCCACACCUGCAGCAACUUCAGGCGCAUCUUUUAAGGAGCGCAGCUGCCGCAGCUCUUCUACCCCAUGCUCACCCCCUACAACCCCCUGCACCACCUCCACCACCACCUCAUCCACACACCCAUGCCCACGGAUUAUCGCCGCAUUCGCAAUUAUACCCCGGUGUGCCACCUCAUUCCACGGCCUCAGCAACCCUCGGACCACAUGGUGGAGGAUUGCCGCCAAAAACUGAGAGCACGGAGUCCUGCAGAAAAGCGUCAGAAUCGUCGACCAGGUCGGUGACGGCCGAGGCGGACACGUCUUCGAGGAGAGCUUCUACGAAGGUAAAAAGGGAACCUGCGACGACGACGACGAACGCUGCCACGACCACAGCACCACCUACUCAUCCUCAAGGACUUAGCCCUAGCGAAGAUCUUCGAGAUGAACCUGGAGAUUUUAUCGAAACAAACUGUCACUGGAGAGACUGUGGUCUUGAGUUUCCUACUCAGGAUGAUCUUGUGAAGCACAUCAACAAUGACCAUAUACAUGCGAACAAGAAGAGCUUCGUCUGUGGUUGGGAGGAGUGCUCGAGGGAAGAAAAACCAUUUAAGGCUCAAUAUAUGUUGGUAGUGCACAUGAGAAGGCAUACCGGUGAAAAACCUCAUAAGUGUACUUUCGAGGGAUGUUUCAAAGCAUAUUCGCGUCUGGAGAACUUGAAGACGCAUCUGAGGUCCCAUACCGGAGAAAAACCAUAUACUUGUGAAUAUCCUGGUUGCAGCAAGGCAUUUAGUAAUGCUAGCGAUCGCGCGAAACACCAAAACAGGACUCAUUCCAACGAGAAACCAUACGUUUGCAAGGCGCCAGGUUGCACGAAAAGGUACACCGAUCCAUCAUCUCUGAGGAAACACGUGAAAACUGUGCACGGCGCAGAAUUCUACGCCAAUAAGAAGCACAAAGGAGGCGGUGGAGAUGGCGGAGGCAGUGACGAAGCUGGUGCAGGUGGCCAUAGUCCUAGCAGAAGCGAAGAUCUCCAUCCGAAGACACCUAGUUUGUCAAGUCCGAGUGUGAAAUCUGAAAGUGAAGCGAAUAGUCCACCUAGUAUGAUGCAGCAACAAGGUAGCCCAUUAGUUGGUGGCUGCAAUGACGAAGUUGCUGGUGUCAGUGCAUUGACUGGUGAUGGCGUUGCCUUGGCUGAGGAACCUUGGAACGAGGAACCCGAUGACUUGGAUAUCGCUGAUUUGCCAGUUGCUCUACGUGCCAUGGUUGGCGGAAUGGAAUCGCAGCAGCAGCAACAACCUCCUCCUCCUGCUUCGCGGAAUCGUCUGAAAGGCAGACUGAACGCAAAAGGCAUGCCGAGCUUGCCAGUAAGCGUGUCCGGUAUGAGGGGAACACGUGGUAUGGGUCCUCAGGGUAACAUCGGCGACCUGAAUAGGAGGAUCACUGACCUGAAGAUGGAGGGUGGCGGUCCCGCCCGCCAAACGAGUCUUUCUGACCUGCAACUCAGGCUGCAACCUCUCAACGAGCCACGAAGGGAUAGCAACAGUACUGUGAGCACCUAUUACGGUAGCAUGAAGUCCACGGACUUUGGUAGUAGAAGAAGCAGCCAGGCUAGCGGGGUCAGCGCUGUCAGAAUGGGUCAAACUGGACCUGGAAGCUUCUACGAUCCCAUCAGUCCAGGAACAUCACGAAGAAGCAGUCAAAUGAGUACCACUUCCGGUAGAAUGAACCCACCGAGUCACCUUCAAGGACCUUACUCGACGAGCAAUCUUGUCGUUCAGACGCAAAAUAUGUCUCUUCAGGGUAUCCAGGGUAUGCCAGGAGAUUGGAACGGUCCAGGCGGCCAUUGUACGCAACCAUCCGGUGAUCGUCGCAUGUCAGAACCCACCAGGGGUCACCAGGCCCAAAGAAAUUCACCGCCUGUACCACCCAGACCAAGAUCUGCUCAACUUCCAGAACAUCAUCCUAAUCAGGAAGUCAUUCUGGAUGAGGUUGGAGAAGGUGAAAUGGUGGAAAAUAAGCUGGUCAUUCCUGAUGAGAUGAUGCAGUACUUGAACCAAGUUCAAGCAGGAGGAACUCAGGUGAAUUGUCGUAGCAGUCCCUUACCAAUUUGCCAGUCUCCAAUUUGCACAAAUCCCUUACACUACCAACGUCAAGUACAGCCUACUUGCAACUACAACCAGUCUCACCAACAAACCUGCUAUCCGCCACCACAACCAGCUCAACCAACAUGCACGAACUAUCAGAAUACUUCUCCAUCUCCCUACAACCAAUGUCCUAGCUCUAGACCUCCUCAGCCUAAUUCACAAUACUGUCCUCCACCCACAUAUCCAUCUCAACCAAACGGCGGGCAAGUGCUCAGUCCAGCAGCGGGUCAAGUCAUGUCACCAGGAUCUCACUAUGCUCCCAGUCAUAUCAGCGAUCAGCCUCUAACUUCACCAGCAGCUGGUGCCCUAGCGCCUCAGCAUCCUCCUCAAAAUCUCCCUCAAAACUCUGCUCAGUUAACUAGGAACUGUCCCCAAAACCACAUGCACCAUGGCUACUACCCUAGUUACAAUUGUCAGGCACAAAUGAACGCGAACUGUACCGGAAAUCCAACCAGCCAAGUGAACCACCACACAAACCCCGUUUGUGCUCCACCGAAUCACAGCUCUAUGAACCAACAACAGUGCGUACAGAUGCGCUCAGCUGGCAAUUGUCCACAAUUGUCUCCUCAUUGCACUCAACAGCCAGCUAUAUCUAAUCAGACAAGUAUGAGCCAUGCUAAUCCACAGUGUGGUCAAGUAGCCAAUCAAUGUACCAGGCCAAUGGUGACACCUAAUGGCCAGGUGUCAAAUAUUCACCCUGUUCAGCAGAGCACAGUGCCCAACCAAUGUGCUCAGAUGUCGCCACACUGUUCUCAGCUGAACAUCAACAACCAGGCUAAACCGAUCACCAACAUAACCAGUCUCCAGGGCUGUCAACAGCAAACACCACAGCAAAAUACACCUUGCCUGCAAAUGGCCAAUUGCGCUCAUCCCAAUGGUGGCCAUAGAUCGGUGAACGAUUCUGCUUUACCGAAGAGGACGUCUCCACAGUUGUGCACCGCUCAGCAGACCAAUUGCAGGAUACAACAGCAGCAACAUAAUUGUACACACAAUUGUGCUCGAACCAAUCCUCCAAAUCAUCAACAGUAUAAUUGUAGUUGUCAGUGGGGUUACGGGGGAGAUCAAUGUUACCACGAGCAAACCGGUGCUGCUAUACCAGAGAUUCAAUGCAGAGACAUCAGUCAGUCUCAACAAGGAUCUCCUAUGAAGCCUCCUCAAGGAAUGAGACAAGAUUCGUACAGAAGGACACUGGAGUAUGUGCAACAGUGCAGAAACUGGUCUGGAAAUGCACACACCCACGAAACAAAUGUCUCUAGUUCUACUCACCCCAUGUCGCUGCCACAGCCAUUGCCAUCAAGUGCCAAUAUGGUGGUCAACGACAUGACUUCGUCUCUGAGUUCGUUGCUCGAGGAGAACAGAUACUUACAGAUGAUUCAGUGAAUAUCAUAAUCGCGAUAUGAAUAUAUAAAUAUAGAUAUAUAUUUUCUAUCGUAACCUUUUUUGAUACUAUCGUUUAAUAAGAAUGUUGGAACGAAGAAAUAAUCCAUCGAGAUGGAACUUCUUGUAUUUUUGAUAAAGACCGAAGGCUUUUUCUUAUUCUUUGUGUAGAAACGAGCGCAUCUCGUAAUUGUUAAGCGCCCAGUCGACGAUCGCUUAAAUUAAUUGUUAAUUAGAAUUGUAUAUCGCGACAUCGAAAGAUGGAUGACGUUCUCGGUGAUUAAGAAACGAUCGCAAUCGAAGUGAUACGUAUUACGAGAGAGUUCAAAUGUGUUUUCUACUACGCUGCGUUGUUUAUAGAGUAUAGUAUGUAUUUUGUACAAAAAUUGACGGAACCUUGGGGUGCCUUACAGAACUAAACUAAAUGGAAUCACGGAGUAAUUUAUUAUUUUUGGAGGAUUGUAUUUAAGACGUUUAACGUCCAAAAUUCUGUCAAGCGAAAUUUAUAGGAUUAUCAAAGCACUACGCUUACACGCGAGAUCUCCGUUGGAUCGAGCUUCUGUUUGUCGCACAAAAUUUUACGCGCGUGGAUAUCGACACCGCGUCAGAGAUUGCGAGAUACUUUUCGAGAACAUCCUUGUAACCGUAUUUUUGUACGACCAGUCUUUUCAAAGCGUGCCAACAUAUCGUUCUUAUCGUGUCAUCGUAAUUUUAUCUUCUUAACGUUAACGGCGAAUGAUAAACGACGUACAUGGUGAUUUUAUAAAAAUACAUUUUCUAUGCGAUGAUGCGACCUGCUAAUGAGAUUAAUCGAUCGAGAUGAAAAAAUAGACAGCCAAUACUAGGAUAUAAUGAUGUGUAGAUAAAUCAUACUAAUGUAAGAGAUUAUUAAUCAACGCUCAUGGACAAUGUGCAUGAUACAAUUAGACAAUCAUUUCGAAUGUAUGUACUGAUGGACGAACGAGUGGUUCUAUGCGUGUGUCUUUCAUAAGAAUCAUUGUAAAAAAAAGAAGAAACUAAAGAAAUAUUUCUGGAUUACAUAUAUUUGGUCUUUUGAUCGACCGAAACGAUCAUAAUAGAAUCCCUCUAAUUUUAUAAAAUGUAUCAUCGUCGAGUGCCUUUCAUCGUCGUGUCGGUCGAUGAGAAAUUAAAGAGUACGUUGAACAGUUGAAAACUUAGCGUACCUAGAGCUGUUUUCUUUUUCAUCUUUCCUUUUGUUAUGCAAACGAUUUUGUACGAAUUUUAUUAUAUCUACGAAGGGCGAGGAGUCUUGUGAAUAUUAUACAUAUCUUAUCUUAUACAUAUAGCGUAGUGAUUCAAGUAUGUGAAUGGAGGGAGCAUGACAAGAAUUUUACAUCCUGAGAAUUGUUAAUUAUUUUAAAAUAAAUCAUAUCGAUCCCAUCAACGAAA